UUACAAUACACGUUUCAGUCUGAAGUUUCAACGCUCCUUCACACGCCUUCUCGAUCAACCGGCGUCUUCCUUUACAGUCUUGCUCCGAGAUUAAUCCCAAGCGAAAGGUUUCAUUUUUCAGCUCCAGGUUAAUCAUCUGAGCUGAGGGGUGACUCAGCGGUUUCUAGAAUCUCUCUCGAUUCCUCUUCACCCAGGGAAAUGGAGAAAAGAGACGAGGAUCUGAAGAAGGCUCAGAUGCUGGACGCUCGAGCCAGAAACAUCAGCCACAACGUUCGCUGCACUGAGUGUGGGAGUCAGUCUAUUGAAGACUCUCAGGCAGAUGUCGCUAUUCUCCUUAGACAGCUGAUUCGUGAUGAGAUUGGAGCUGGAAAAACAGACAAAGAGAUAUACAGUAAGCUCGAGGAUGAGUUUGGGGAGACAGUGCUCUAUGCUCCAAAAUUCGAUAUGCAGACAGCUGCAUUGUGGCUAACUCCGGUUCUGAUUGCUGGAGGUACUGCUGCAGGGCUGGUUUAUAGUAAGCACAGGCAAAGGACUAAUGUACACAUCAUGGCGUUGGAUCUUAUUAGAGGUGUUUCUUUGACUCCGAAAGAGAGAGUUACCAUUCUUGAUCUUCUUAUUCCACCUCCCCCUCCUCCUCAGGGAGUGGCUUCCCGGUUGAGGAGAUGGCUAAACCUCCGUUAG